AUAUUUAGAGAAUAAUGAAAGUGCAAGCAGACAAACUGAGGAAGUAGCUGGAAAUGGCGUUGUUUUUCGGGGAAAUUUCCCCAAUUUGAUCUCGUAUAAUAUGGCCCAAAAUGUAGAAGAUACAUCAGAGCAAGUGUUCAGCGAUUGCAGGGCUGUGAUAUUUGUUCUUGAACUUGAUAGAUGGAAAGAGUUGUUUGAUGGCGGACUUGCCCACGUCCAACUUCUAAGACAAAAUUUCCAAGAGAAUUUGACGGUUUAUAGGAUACGCGGAAAGUCAGAAAGUACAGGACAGAUUGUUCUCAACGUUGUAUUAGAUAGAGAUAUAAAAUAUGAAAUUGCUCAAGGCACAAAUUAUCAUCUUCUAAAAACUAAAACCAAAGUUUAUUCAUUGACACUAAGUCAAGACUCAAAUGGAAAGGAAUUUGCUUUAGUUGUACAGACUAUAAUACGAAGUAUACAAGAUAAUACACCUUCUUCRCCCAGAGAAGCUUGGAUGCCACCGGUAGUGAGGCAACAAAAGGCUCCAGUGCCUCAACCCAAACUAAUAACAGAGUCGUUACUCAUUUCACCUGAUGCAGGUAAAAACUCACCAUUUUUCCCGCAACCAUUUCCAAAGCACAAUUCCUUAGGCACCACUUUGCCAACAUCAUCACCAUCCUUUGCACCAGCCAGCCAACCUGCACAGGCACAAAGGGCUGGCUUGCAGCAUGCAUUUCAAGGACGAAUAGAAAUGUUAUGUGAAAGACUAUCCAAAGCAAUUAGUAAUGGAGAUUCACAAAUAGCAGUAGAUACAGUGAAACUGAUUGCAGAACAAAAAACACAGCUGAUUAUCAAGUUAAAAAAUCAAAAAACAAUAACAGGAAAUGGCGAUAGUGAUUCAUUUAGUAUCAGAGUUGUGGUAGAAGAUCAGGAAACUUCUGGUGUAGCAUUUGAAAUGAAAGUAUCUUCUAGGGACACCAUACAAUCAUUGCAAGAAGAGGUUGCAGAUCGAUAUGGAUUCCCACCAAAAGUACAGAAAUGGAUCAUAGGAAAUAAGAUGGCAAAACCAACUGAAACACUUGCUGACUUAAAGAUAAAAAGCACUGGAUUUACAUGCUUUUUGUAUUUAGUGUCUAGUAGAAAUGUAGGCCUAACGCGUGGAGAAUUUGAACAGUUUAAAGAAAGGACAGAGAAUCGCAGAACUAACACUUCUUAUGCAUCAAUGACCGUGCCAACUGCUGGUACACAGUCACCACAGUCUUCACUUAAUGUGGGAACUGGGAAUCAAGGGUUAUCAAGGGCAACAAGUUUGCCAUCAUUAAACACAACAAGAGAAUCUGGUAAUACUUCCGUUAAUACUCGACAAGAAAGGAUUACUUUUAGAAGAGAAGCACAAAUCACAAAUGCAAGUGAACCUGUUGGACCUGUAACAACUGAAGAAAUCCCAGAAAUUCCUAUACAAAGGGAAGAGAACAUUCCUCAACCUGCUAGAAGGAUCCCUGUGCCAGCUCAAAGAGUUACUAACUUACCUGGAAACCCAGACACACAAAGAACACUUGCAGCGGCCCAGUCAAUAGAGGACAUUGAACGCCUUCUCCGGGCAAUGGGAGAUAGCGGCCUACCUUAUCAACUCAUUAAUGAAAGAAUUGGUCAAGAGGAAAGUGUGGUUGAACUCCAGGGUUGGAGUUGUGCAACCUGUACUUAUGUAAAUCCACCAACAAGACCUGGUUGUGAAGUUUGUGGCUCAGACAGGCCGGCAGAUUAUGUUGUGCCCCAAAACCCUCGUAUGACUGAGCAAGAAAGGUUAAGAUUGCAAAAGGAGCAAGAAGAAAUGGAAAUAUUUCAGCGGACUAUAAACCAACAGCAACAAGAGCAAGAAGUSGCCCGGGAGAUGAAUUUCCGUCAACUGGUCGAGACAGCGCAGCAAAAUCUGAUWAGAAAUACCGAGGAGUUUGACUGCGCAAUUUGCUUUCUCRACGUUGAGCCUGGCGAAGGAGUUAUGCUCAGGGAAUGCCUCCAUUGUUUUUGCGAAGACUGUCUCAGAGAACACAUCAAAAACUGCACCGAUCCUGAAGUUCAGUGUCCUUUCCAGGACAACGAUUUUGCUUGUCAUUUUGUCAUCACAGCUCAAGAAAUUAARGCAUUACUUCCUGAAGAAGACUUCAAUAAAUUUCUCAACCGUAGCCUAACUACAGCCGAGAGUCAAGCUGCUAAYAGCUUUCACUGUAAGACACCUAACUGCCCUGGAUGGUGUAUUUACGAGGACAACUCCAAUGUCUUCCACUGCCCGGUGUGUCARAAGGUAAAUUGUUUGACAUGCAAAGCAAUUCAUCAUCCAGAAAUGAAUUGCAAGGAGUACCAGGAAGACUUACAAAGGAGAGCGCAAAAUGAYGUCGCUGCAAAACAAACACAGCACUUUCUCGAGCAAAUGAUAGAAAAAGGCGAUGCAAUGAAAUGCCCACAGUGUGCCAUUAUACUUCUGAAGAAGGACGGCUGUGAUUGGAUGAGAUGUAGCAUGUGUAGAUUAGAGAUUUGUUGGGCUACGAGAGGACCUCGAUGGGGACCAAUGGGUGUAGGUGAUCUUAGUGGAGGAUGCAAGUGUCGAGUUGGAGGCAAAAAGUGUCACCCAAACUGUAAAAAUUGCCACUAGGAAUAGUCAGCGGUCUGUGCUAUGAUGGAGCAUGCGCACUAAAAUGCACAAGUUUAGAUCGAUAUCUCUAUAAAAUCAUAUUAGUCAAUAUAUUAUCUUUCAUCUUCGGGAUUUGUUCCCUUUUGCUAUUUUGUCACCAGAUGGUUUUUGAUCUUUUAAACUGGUUACUGCGACCUGUAGCUCACUAAAAUGAAUACCGACAAAGCGAUGUAGGUCAAUCGUCGACMACACCAAAAUAUAUCACCAAAUAUCCAUCCACUCAAGAAACAAGUUUUAAAAGUGGYAAUUCUAGUCUGCUUCAAUCGCACUAUUAUAGUUAAAGCUUAUAGUUUCAGGGCAUGCACAUUACGCAUUUGAUGCUCCAGUAAGCCAAGGACUUAUUUUGAUGUAUUCGAUAUAACAUAAACUUUGUAUCUUUAAAACAUAGUUAGGCACAUUAUUCAAAUUAAGAAGAGUGGAUUUCAAGAGCUAAGACAAUUGAAAGUAUCUCUGGAUUCAACCCUGACAUCUGUAAAUUUCCCGACAUGUCAUUUGAUUUGGCAAGGUGGCGUUUGUCAAAAGGCGGGAAAUUUUGAUCGAGUUUUGAUCGUUUUCCCAUAGCCUUUAUAUUUCGUUAUACGUGCAAGAAAAUGUUCCUGGGAAUCCAUAAGAUUGCAAAGGUAAUUCAAAAGGCUUCARGUUAUUAGUGAAAUUGUCUGCUUAUUUUUUUAUUUAUUCUAUCUGCAAAGACAAAAAAAAGAACUUUUAACAACAUUUGAAAUCGACAGGAAACGUUUUGUUCUCAUCCCAACAGGUCUAAAUCAGCUAUAAUGAAAAUUGUGUUGUAGGAAAUACUAAUAAAUACAACCACAUCGUUAAAAAGACAAAACUGAGUAUAAAAUGAUAUCCGCUUUGCAAUACAAAUAUCUAAAAGUCGGCGGGUGACUGUWCGCAUUUGUUCUGUAUCACAUGAUUUACUUAAUGUUUUGUUGUUUAUCAAUAUAUUUAUAUUUAAAAUUCUUA